GAUCGUCUUGGUCGUCUUUGUAUAGUUAUCUAUCACGUCAAGACACCUUUUCCCACUUCGAGAUCACUGGAACACCCAACGGUGGCUGCGCCGCCAACAUACCAUUGCUUUCCGACUUAGUAUUUGUCCAUCUAUUUCAACUGCUUACAAUGAGCUCAUUGUACUCUCGAAAAGGCUCAAUUACACUCCACUUACCCGACCAUUCCCAGUUUUAUCCUGGAAAUCCUCAUUCUGGUGAAGUUAUCAAAAAAUGAGGCAAACUCGUGCUCUAGCUACUUUUGGCGCACUGCUUUUCAUAGCCUUGAUCGUUAGCUUUUCUCAUGUAAAUUCUAACGACUUAUCGAAUUAUAUUCCACAAAAAGCUCAGAACUAUUUUCAUUAUGAGACACCUCCAGAUUCAGAAGAAAUCUCAAGGCUCAAUGGAAUCUUAGAAGAGUUUUUAUCACGCCCUAUUUUGUCUUACGAUGAUGCUGUUUUGUUAAACUCUCAAACCUGCCCAGUUGAUGGAACUAAUUUCGACCGAGGUGCUGUCAAUGGCAAUUUGAAAACAUGGGCAGAUAUUCCUUCAUCACAAAUUUAUAAAUGGCGCAAAGGUAUCGUAACAAACUUACGCCGCAAACAAAUUGAGGCAAUCGGACAGACUACCUCAACAUCACCUGCCGGCGCCAAUGGGCCACCAAAGGAAAGAAAGGACAAAAGAGGGAUUGUUAUGGCCGCAGGGGAUCGUUCAGCACUGAUCCGUGCCAGAACCUCUCUUCGGCUUCUGAAGUCUUAUAAUUGCACGUUGCCAGUCGAGAUCUUUCAUUUCGAAUCCGAAUUAUCUGCACCUGCACUUAGUGGUCUUCUGUCCGAUCUCUCAGAACUGCAAAACCCUGACUCCGGCACUAGCGGUAUCAAUGUCACUAUGCGCGUAGUGGAUGAGGUGUCAAAAGGAUCUGGAUGGAAAGAUUUCCAGAUAAAAGGAGCUGCUAUUCAGCAAUCUUCAUUUGACGAUAUCCUGUAUUUAGACACAGAUUCUUAUCCCCUGAGAAAUCCGGAAUAUUUAUUCGAAGGAAGAGAAUGGAGAGACACAGGACUUCUAUUGUGGCCUGAUUAUACAAAAUCUCAUCCCACCAAUCCUAUAUGGCGAUUGUUGGGUCAGCCAUGUCGGAACGAAUACGAGGGAGAAUCUGGACAAGUUCUAAUAUCUCGAACUCGCCACCAGGAUAUUCUAUGGUUGAUUGAGUAUUUUGCACUUCAUCAUGAAGAAUUCUAUGGAUUUAUGGGAGGUGAUCGAGAUUCAUUUCGGGCUGCUGCCCUUCUUCUUGGAAAGCCAUGGACCGGUCCAGGAAGAACGAAUGCGGUAGGAGCCGCAAAAAUUCCCGAAAACCCUCAAUCGGGAGGACAUACAAUGCUUCAAGCAGAUCCAUAUGGAAAGUGGAUGUUCGUACAUGCGAAUUUGAUUAAGCAUUCUCAUUUUACCAGACCACUAUGGUCUGAAGUCCAUAGGAUUCGCGAUGAUACAUUCAAAGAGGGAACCACAUAUGGUAAUAUUGAUUCACCAAAUGAUAAGAUAGGAAAUGGGGUAAAAUUAGAUGUGACAGACAAUCCUAGACUGGUAACGGCUAUGUCUACUUUUGAAGGAUAUGAUGAAGGUUUGGUUACCGUUGAGAAUUGGGAUUCAUAUGAGGAGUUAAAAGGAUUCGAGGAGAAGUGGUAUGGUUUUGGUGGUGUGCAUUAACUGUUCAUACGGGUGCUUUGGAUCCAAUGCAGGGCCUUACUUUUUGUGUCCCCAUUGUGGAACAUAGGUGAGCCACGACUGGAUAACAAAACGCUUAAUUCUGGAUUUCGACCAUCCGACAGCAAUAUCACAUGCUUCGAACACGAAAGUCGAGAACGUAAGGAACUAUACUUGGACGAUCUAUCGCUAUAUUUUUCAUUUCCGUCUAUGAAGAAAGUCAAUGAGAAGCUUCAGGCGUUCAUUAGUCUCAUAUGUCUUUAACGCACUCUCCUUUCAUUGUGACCAACCUUCUCUUGCCCCGAACGCUUUUAAUAAUGCAUUUGCCAAUGGUAAGGCGUCUCCCUAUUUCGAUUCAUUAGCCAGGUCCUAGAUAUAUUUUCCGACUUUCUCAUCGUCCAUAAUGCCGGGUAGACCUAGUAAGCCUCUUUUCUGCAGUAUAU